ACCAGCCGCACCGUUUGAGCUAACAGCACUGGAUCUCUUUGGCCCCUACGUUGUCAGAGACACUGUAAAGAGAAGAACAAAGAUGAAAGUCUGGGGAGUAGUAUUCAGUUGUAUGGCUUCCAGGGCACUGCAUGCUGACAUCGUGGAAGACCUGUCAACGGAUGGCUUCCUAAAGGCGUACCAGCGCUUCACAGCUCUCAGGGGCCACCCAAGGAAACUUUGGUCGGAUCAAGGGACCAACUUCGUGGGCGCCAAGCCAGUUUUAAAGGAGCUCUACGAAUUCCUGAACAACAUCGACAAGGAUCAAGUCCAGAAGAAAGCAGCCGCCGCUGGGACCGACUGGUCAUGGGUGUUUCACCCAGCAGACUCUCCCCAUCGAAACGGAGCAGCUGAAGCAGCAGUCCAUACGCUCAAGAGAGCGUUGAGCAACAUCGGGGUGGAAAGUCACCUGACAGCACUGGAGUUCCAGACUCUCCUCUACCUGGCAGCUAAUUUGUCAAACGAAAGACCAAUCGGCGCAGGAGUCCAGGUACAAGACGAGACUGUAGGAGUCAUCACUCCAAACUCACUUCUGCUCGGCCAUGCUGGGCCUAGCGGGGACUCUCGAGGGUUUGAAUACCGGACUUACCCCGUUGCGCGCCUGAGAGCGGUCCAGAUCGAGGUUGACAAGUUCUGGAAGCGGUGGAGCCAGCUGGCGGGCCUGGGCCUCUUUGUUCGACAGAAGUGGCACGCACCCGCAAGGAACGUCACAGUGGGAGACUUAGUGUGGUUGGCUGACCAGAAUGCACUGAGAGGCCAGUUUAGGCUUGGUCGAGUUGUGGAGGCCCAUCCUGAUGCAAAAGGCAUAGUACGAGAUGUGAAGGUGAGGACGUGCCAAAGUUGUCUGGUUUCCAGUGGACAAGGUGGGAAAGGCAAAGAGAAGGAGAACCGUCCCCCCACCAUCCUUCACAGAGAUGUCAGAAGGCUGGUGGUUCUGUUGCCAGUGGAGGAACAGAAAUAGAUUCCCCACCACAUGAUGGUGUGUUUCGGAAAAAGGGAUCAAGACCCCCCCUCCACCAUCCUCCACGAGAGGUGGUGGUGUGUUUCGGAAAGAAAAAGGAUCAAGCACCCCCCUCCACCAUCCUCCACGAGAGGUGGUGGUGUGUUUCGGAAAGAAAAAGGAUCAAGCACCCCCCUCCACCAUCCUCCACGAGAGGUGGUGGUGUGUUUCGGAAAGAAAAAGGAUCAAGCACCCCCCUCCACCAUCCUCCACGAGAGGUGGUGGUGUGUUUCGGUAAAGGGCGCCACUGUGUCGUCAAGGACAAUGUGAAACCUUUAGUUGUCAUUUAUAUCUGUUAUUCAUAUCGCGUGUAAUACGUUCGUACCCAGCGAUGCAGCUUUAUGUACCCAUUUGAAAGGUAAAAAUUGUGUGUGUAAUACGUUCAUACCCCGCGAUGUAGCUUUAAGUACCCAUUUGAAAGGUAAAAUUGUGUGUAACGAGUUCGUACCCAGCGAUGUAGCCAUUUCGAAAGGCAAAAUCUGUGGUUGUUGUGGCCUACUUGGAUUUAGGAAUCAGUAGGCCAAGUGGGAGGUGUAGAACUUUCUAGCAGGCAAAGCUAUUUGUCUUUCAUUCUAUUAAUCUGUUCAUUGUUGUAACUGGUAUCAAAGCACCGUUGCCUUUAAAGUGCCUUUAAGGUGCAUCGUCAAAGCCAUGUUUUGUUAUAUAUUGCCUUCGUAUGCGCCUUUGUAAAGCUAUCUAUCAUUAGAACUUGUACGACUUGUCGGUUUUACAACUAACUGACUGUCUAACUGACUGUCUAACUGACUGUCUAACUGACCGUCUAACUGACUUCAAACUAACUUCAACUUAACUUAACUGUUGCUUAACUGUGUAUGUGGAAUAAACCUUCAGAAAGACAGUCGAGUUGUGCCCGCCGUACUUGUUCUGGUUACCCUUUCCAGAAGGGAGCAUUGGGCUGGAAAGACCAGCCAGCAGAAAUC